UUACUUUGCCAAUUGGGAAGUCCUGAAGGUAGUCGGAUCUACCCAUUGACCCUUUCGUGAUUCCAGGGCAGCUCUGUAUGAACGCUGCCUGUUUGGGCAGCUCAUACUGUCCGGGCAGAUUCACAGCAAAGCCUCGCGACGCAGCUCAGAUCACAGAGACAUAAUUGUUUAGUUCUCCUGUUCAGUGCUAUAACAUGACGAGCAGAUUGCUGGUUACGUAUGUGCGCGUGCAGCCGCGUUGCGGGGCGUCGGCCUCUUCCUCGGUCGUGGCUAUUGGACGUAGGCUGUGCGCCUCGUCAUCGACAUCGCCGGGCGUACAAGCAUGCGAGGAGGAAGACUCUCUAACGCUACGUCGAUACGUGGAUUAUGCUGCAGUUCGUGCACAACAGGAGCUAUGUUUUGAUUUCUCCGACCUUCAUGUCAGCGGUGACGUAGUCCUGGGUAGCAUGCCAUGUAUGGCAGUGCUCUCUCAGCAUAACCGUCAGCUGCAAGACCAGUCAUGCAAGGUGUUUGUGUCGGAUACUCUAGCCAAGCCCGACGUGACAAUCCCCGGUGACCUUCGACCAUUACUGCGUACUCUGUUGGAAGAAUGUCCCGAUCAACUCUACCCUAUACCGCAAGGCGACAUGGAGAGGCUUUUGCAGGAAACAAAUCUACCUGCCACGCCGGAUCACCACCAGACGGUCCUGAUGGAAGUUGAUCCAGCCUAUGCUACAACCUUGGCUGGUUUAAGUCGAAUAGCCGACAACACACCACCACCACCACCACCACUAGGAGUAGCAUCGCCGGCAGCAGCAGCAGCAGCAGCAGCAGCAGCAGCAAUGCCAGCAGCAGUAGCAACACCAUCAGUGGCGCCAGCAGCGGAAAUCUCGUCAUCUGUCAAGCCGGAUCCCGCAACUAGUUUCUCCUUUCUUCUCCCCUGCCACAACGUUACAGACACCGCAGCGCUCGGGGAACUGUUGUUGAUAGCUCGUCAACAUGGUGUGAAUGCUGUACUUGUGUCGAAGAGUUGCAGUGAAAAAGCAAUUGGUCGGACCGAUGUACCUUCAAACGCUGCUGAUGUGGAUCGGGUGGAUUUGGCCACGAUCACUGGACCCCUGCCAGAGUAUCUGAGUAAUUGCCGGGACACGUUUCACGUGGUGAGCGCGGUGCCCCCUGGCAAGCGCAGAGCGGUUCACCGAGACUGUAUUGCCAGCCGCGACAAGCCCAUCAUGCUCGUUGUUCCCGGUGAUGCUAACAUGGAGAACUGUCGUCCCAUCCUGGACCAAUGUCAUCAGCGUGUUGUUGUAGCAACCCCAGUCACCAUUGGCAAGGCUGUCCACCCGGCGGCUGACUCUCCAGUGGGUUCUGCCCGCCUCACCACCCACUCUGCAUCUACUCUUCUCAAUCAUCUGACGAAGACGAGCGCGUCACAAGCAACAACACCCGUUGAAGGGCAGCAGCGGCAGAAUCAGUCUAUUGACCAGGUGUCCAGUGAUGUUGCUACGAAUCCAUGUACGCAACUAUCAUCUACUGCUCCGCAGGAAUCACGUGCAGGCAACAGUGUGGGCUGCAGCAACGGCACCAGCAGCAGCAAUAGCCAUAACAGUGACAUUGCUAGCAGCAGCAGCAGCAACGUGAUUAUUACCGGCAGUAGUAACUGCACUAAUGGCAUGAACCUCAGCAGCAGCAGUAGCAAGAAGACCAGCAGCAUUCUCAGCAGAAACAUCAGCAGUUGCAGUGGUAGUGAUGUUGGCAACGAUGGCUGCAGCAGCUGCAGCAGAGGUGAUGACAUCAUCAGAACUGCAUCGGUACACGUCACAAAUGCUGACAAUCACCUGUGGCGUGCUGCAGACGACACUGUUACGGACAGCAAGCGGCGGGGCAGUGAGAUCACACACCAAGCUGAUGCCAACGCAGACCAGAGUUCAGUCGGAGUAGCAGUGGCAACAUCGCCGGCCACACUCGGAACUGCCGAUGAUCUUCUUGCAGAGUCCCUGGUGCUCGAGUGUGGUCGUGGCGAAGGCAGCCAAGCCCGCGCUGGUCCAGUAUCUGUAGCUAACGCCCAUUCAGCCACUGCGGUGGCACAGCCUGGUGACGGGAUGGACAACACGACCAGGGUUGACACGCCAGAUUGGCUUGAGUUACGUAACACCUUCAGGCGUCUUUCAAGAGACCUUUUCAGAAGCGACAAUAAGCUGGCAACGAGACUCCUCUCGCGGGAACUCAGGAGAGCACGCAUCCGAGUACGCGACCUUGCCAACACGCCAGGCACUGUGAAUUCUGUGCAGGAGCAGCAUGACCAGAUUAAUCGCCAGUUCCUCCGGACUCUGAAAGCCCUGGAAGGCAUGAGCCUAUCCGACGCCAGCAAGUCCCAGCAGGAAACUGAAUUAGCCAGCACCAUUCAGAGCCUUUUGAAAGUUCUCCGGGGAAGUGAGCCCGAGCAAACGAAGAAUCUUGUUAACAAGGAAUUAAAGAGAGCGCUGGCGGGCGGCACAUUGGACGCUGUGGGCUCUGGGCGGCAACAGAAGCAGCAGGAACAGCAACAUGAUGAUGAUGAUGAUCAUCAUCAUCAGGGAAAGCGCCACACCCUGCAUGCGUUCCGAGCACGAGCUGCCAAGGCAGCACUCUUUUCCCCCUUUCCAGUUCCUAAGAAACACAAGUCGGCGGCGACGACCAACAACAACACCUCGCGCCACGGCCGCAUGCCAGACGGCUAUCCCGAGCAUUUCCGUAGCAGAAACGCGGAUAGUGAUCUGUUGCAGUCGCUAUCAGCGGCAACCGAUAUCAUGCAACACGAUUGUGGAAACUCCGAAGGAGCUGCGGAAGCUCCAUCCGUCUACACCGACGGUGAACUACCCGUCGACUGCUCGCCGCCAUUCCGUAUCGAUCCCCCUGCCGAUAAGCAGGUAACCAAUGAGAAUGCAUGUGCGCCGGGAGGGGACAACGGUGGUGGUGGCGAGCUGCCUGCAUCGCAUCGCCAUCCUCACUAUCCUGAGUAUUUCCAUUCAAGGCACACUGCCAUUGAUCAGCUGAAUUCCACGCAGCAGCUGAACGGCCCUGCUCAUGCUGCUUUCUCUCCUCUCCCCAGCGCUUUCUGGCAACCCGACGACAGUGUGUACGCGUGUGCAGAAGAGGAAACUCGUUCAGCUCAUGCCAACCGUGAUCCGCUAUCGAUGUCCGGUGUGACAACUACAACGCUGCCGAGGUCCAGCCGCAGCGAAACCAACAGCAGGUCUGCAGGCAAUGGAGAACUGCGGCGUGCACAGCAGGCAGCUUCACCAUUAUCAUCUGCCGCUGCCGAACAGCGGACACGAUCUCCUUCAGGCGUAGAUUCGAUCCUGUCACUGCCGACCGUGUUAAAAUCAUCAUCAGCGAUACCCUCACUAGCUGUGUCUGGCACACGCCCGAGCGUUGCCAGCGCACGUCGCGUUCCAUAUCAUCACGGUGCAGCUCCGGCGGUGGUCGACGAUAGGUCUAAGGCAACAGCGGGAGUGGCAACAAGCAGCGGUGUUAGCUGUGCAGCAGCAUCAGCAACUACUGACCCAUCGGCCGAUCACAAUGGUCAGGUGCGUGGCAGCGCGAUUGCCGGCAGUGCCAGCGACAGCGGCGGCAUGCCCCACCACCGCGGGCUGAGCGUUUCGCCACCGCCGGGGCACUCCAUGACGCCGAAGGAUGGCGUGCAACCCCGAACGAAAGUAACGACAUCCCCCACGGUAGCUGACAUGCUACCGCAAACAGCCGACGCCGUUGGCGUGACGACAGACAUUGAAUCCAUGCGUGAGCAACACCAGCAGGGUAACGCAUAUUCAGGCACGUCCAGCCGUGCCGCAGCCUUCUCAACUGCACAGCAGCAGCUGCGAGAAUGGCAGCGGCUAGAACAGCAACGGCAGCAGCGACAGCAGCAGAAGGAGCAGCCACCGACGCCUGGUGUGCGUAGGCGAGUCCCAGCGGUGAACAAAGCGACCGGUGCGAUCAGGGUUACCGGCAUGGACGGCGGUGGUGGUGUCAUGCGUACAGAGUCCAGCGGCGAGGAGUCCCGCACGCGUAUGCCUGGUCUUCAGCGAGGAUCGCGCAGUGCUGCUCGCCCAACACCACCAUCAUCUGCGGCGGCGGCCACAGCCAGUGUGGCAGCAACAGUUGCUGCCACUCCGCCGUCAUUGUCAUCCUGUCCUGCCCCAACUGCUGGUCAGCGCAAGUCUGGCCUGGGACCGGCAUUUGUAGGCACGCCUGCAACUGCUCCAAGUCCUGCCACAGGCACUAGAGGUCCCUCUACAGCUGCUCACAGCACCAAUACCGGUAGCACACACUCUGCUGCACGUCUACCUGCAGCGCCGGCACCAGCUGCUGCUGGCGUUGGCCUACUAGACUCCAUCCUGAGCUUGGAAGGCAAGAAAGCCCCGUCGCCGCCACCUCGCACGGCUUUCUGGACGAGCAAGAGCCCCACCACCACCACCACCACCACGGCGGCGGCGGCAGCUUCUGCCAGCGGCUGGACAGAUCCGCUUGCCAAGCGUUCAGAUACAAUCGGCAUGGCAGCCAGGGAGCGCAAGCAGACGAAAGAAAACGUGCCUACAACUGCCACAUCGGAUAAACCGAAGGACUCUGCUGCGGGUCCAGCUGCUUCAGCUGCUGCUAGUGAGAGCAUGGAUGUGUCUCAGCGUGUCGGAGAGAGCAAGCAGGCGGAUGAAAACGUAUCUUCAAUUACCACAGCGGAUAAACCAAAGGAUGCUGUUGUUGAUUCUGCUGCCUUAGCUGCUGGUGACAGCGUGGAUGUGCCUGGGCAUGUCAAGGAGUGCAAGCAGGUGGACGGAGACGUGACUGCAACCGCCGCAGCGGAUAAACUGAAGGGCGCUUCUCCUGAUCCGGCUGCUGAAGCUGCUAGUGAGAGCAAGAAGGUGUCUAGCCGUGUUGGGGAGAGCAAGAAGGUGUCUAGCCGUGUUGGGGAGAGCAAGCAGGCGGACGAAAACGUGGUAUUAAAUACCGUGGCGGAUAAACCGAAGGAUGCUGUCGCGGAUACUGCUACUUCAGCCGCUGGUGAACGUGUCAAGAAGCGCAAGCAGAUGAAAGAUGAUGUGAUCACAACUCCUGCAGCGGAUACAACGAAGAAUGCUGUCGCUGAUACGGCUGCCUCAGCUGCUAGUAGCAUGGAUGUACCUGGGCAUGUCAGGGAGCGCAAGCAGACGGAUGAAAGUGCAGCUACAACCACCAAAGCGGAUAAACGGAAGGACUCUGCUGCGGAUCCAGCUGCUUCAGCUGCUGCUAGUGAGAGCAUGGAUGUGUCUCAGUGUGUCGGGGAGAGCAAGCAGACGGCCGAAAGUGCAGCUACAACCACCACAGCGGAUAAACCGAAGGACGCUGUUGGUAUGGAUGUGUCACGGCGUGUCAGAGAGAGCAAGCAGGCGGACGAAAAUGUGGUUACAGCUACCACAGCAGAUAAACCAAAGGAUGCUGUUGUUGAUGCUGCUGCUUCAGCUGCUGGUGACAGCGUGAAUGCGCCUCAGCGUGUCAAGAAGCGCAAGCAGAUGAAAGAAAAUGUGGUUACAGCUACCACAGCGGAUACACCAAAGGAUGCUGUUGUUGAUACUGCUACGUCAGCUACUGGUGACAACAUGGAUGCACAUCAGCGUGUCAAGAAGCGCAAGCAGACGAAAGAAAAAGUGGUUACAACUCCUACUGUGGAUAAACAGAAGGAUGCUGUUGCUGAUACUGCUGGUUCAGUUCCUGGUAAACGUGUCGGAAAGAGCGAGCAGGUGAAAGAGAAUGUGGUUACAACCACCGCAGCGGAUACAACAGAGCACUCUGCCGCUGAUUCUGCUACCGCAGCUACUGGUGACAGCAUGAAUGCACCUCAGCGUGUCAAGAAGAGCAAGCAGACGAAAGAAAAGGUGGCUACAACUGCUACUACUACUGUGGAUAAACCAAAGGACGCUGUUGCUGAUACUGCUGGUUCGGCUGCUAUUGACAGCACGAGCGCGCCACAACGUGUCAAGAAGAGCAAGCAAGCAGACAAAAACGUGCCUACAACUACCACAGCGGAUGAGCCGAAGGACUCUGCUGCGGAUCAUGCUGCUUCAGCUGCUGGUGGCAGUGUGGAGGUGUCUAGUCGUGUCAAGAAACGCAAACAAGCGGACAAAAACGUGCCUACAACUACCACAGCGGACAAGCCGAAGGACGGCUCUGCGGAUCCUGUUGCUUCAGCUGCUGGUAUCACUAUGGAGGUGUCUGAUCCCGUUGUGCCCGACGGCGUUGCCACAGGGAUUGGCGAGGCACGCAGCGGUGCUGGUAGCGCCCCCACUGGCCGUGUAGAUGAAGAGUUAGCGGAAAAAGAUUCUGAAUCUAGCACAGUGCCAGCAGUGAAGUCUACUGCGGGUGCAGAGUCUUCUUCCUCUUCGUCCACAUCAUCGACUGUAAAGCGCCCGUCGUCGAAACCAGAAGUUGGUGCGGAAACUCUAACAACCGGGCACAGUUCAUUUUCAGAUUCUCUGCUGGACUUGGAGUCGACGCCGAGCUCCGCGCCCACACUGCAGUCGUUAUCUGCUGUUGACGCCACCACGCGGGCAUUUACUGGAGAACUACCUGCCAUCGGUAUAGAACGUGUUCAACAAAUGCGGCAGGUCGACGCGGAUGUAGACUCGUUCCUGUUGCCUGAAUCUGGCAGCGGUGUGCCCGAGUCGCUGGGACAGAUGGCCAGCAAGCUGAGCCGUGAACGCGCAGCGACGCGCCAAUCUUCGCCUACUCUUAAGCAGCCGGGUGGCGGUGGCACUGGCACAACGCUGGGAUUUCUGGACGAACUCUACAAGCUGCCCACCGUGGGCAGCACGACGACGACGCCGAUGCCCAAGCCCAAGAGGAGCAACGAGCCCAUGCCACAACAGCAAGCAAAGCGGCAGGACGGUGUACAGCAAGCAAAGCAGCAGGAGGACAUUCAGCAACCAAAGCAGCAGGACGUACAGCAAGCGAAGCAGGAUGGUGGACAGCAACGGAAGCGGUCCAGUUUGGGUGAGGCUGAACUAACUGAGAUGGAAGACUUUGAAUUUGACUCCAUGACAGAUCCCCUGUUAGACGAAGAGAUUGGCAGCAGCUCUGCGAGACUUGGCAAGCUACCUUCCAAAGCUCUUAGGCCAAAGAAACGAACAGCAGUAGCAGCCAGUCGACCUCCACCUGUGUUUGCCGGUGCAGGGUUUGGCCCUGGUGCCGGGGCACUGCCUCGGCCGCCCCGUGUCACCAACACAUCUUCAGCACCGCCAUUGAGCGGUGAUAGUGCAGCUGCCGAUGGAUCGAAACAGCCAGGAGCUAUCGUAGCGGACGCUGCUGCUACUGCUGCCCGGGGCUCACUGGCUCCAGGCAGUAGAGCAUUACCUGGGCGUGAGGUGCCCGAUUUCCAGGCGCACACAAGCACAGGUGGCAAGCUAGCAGCGGAUACGCUGGCGGCCAGCAAAUUUGCAGCGGAUACACUGGCGUCCAAUGUACCAGGUGAUGUGCCUGCUACGCCUGCAGUUGCACGACCACCGCUGGUGC